CAGUCAAAGAGACCACGCCCCUAACAUUUACAGAACUUUAUGGUUUAAAAUGUCUUAAACUAAGAAGCAAGAACAAAAUUUAUCCCCGUCCAGUUGUCAUGGAGGAAACUAUGUAUAGCGACCAAAACAGUUUUUGUCCCAGGCUGUGGACAUGUUUAUUUCUGCUCUAAAGUUGGACAUUUUAACAUGAACUUGAAGGGGAAGCUGCUCUGUUCUGGAGCCUCAAGUGGACAGUGGAGGAACUGUUAGGAGGGUCAGUGUCUCUGCUUGGACCAAAGCUCCGUCCUCCUCCUCCUGCUGCACGGAGCAGACUACAGAGACAAACACUGUGACGUGCACAAGGUUAUUCUGUGGUUCUGCUGCCAGAAAUCUGACAAAAAUUAACAACUUCCUGCAGAUUAAAUAUUUUCUUGAAUUCAAAGUUUUUCUGUCAGCAGAGUUUGUCACGUGACACAGAGGAAUGUUGGGAGAUCCUGUGUGGCAUCACGUUGUGUCUGUGUGAAGGUGUGGACUCUGCUAUGGAUCAGUGUGAGGACGCAGAGGACGGACCCUUGAAAACCGGUCUGUGUGGGGACCAUGGGAUCCAGAUCAAAGCUCAGAGUGUCCAUCAGAGUCCAGACUCGUCUGAACCUGAACACAGCUGUGUGUCCCUGAAGAGUGACAACUCUAAAGACACUGUCCUUGAUUUUAAACGGAGUGUGGCUCAGAGUCUAGACUCGUCUGGACCUGGACCCAGCUGUGUGUCCCUGAACAGUGACUGGUCCAUGGAUAGUCUUCCUCUUUUUAAAGGACAGCGUCUCUCUGCUGGACAGACGAUCCAUCAGAGUCUAGAUUCUUCUGGACCUGAACCCAGCUGUGUGUCCCUGAACAGUGACUGGUCCAUGGAUAAUCCUCCUCUUUUUAAAGAACAGCGUCCCUCUGCUGGACAGACUAUCCAUCAGAGUCUAGACUCGUCUGGACCUGAACCCAGCUGUGUGUCCCUGAACAGUGACUGGUCCAUGGAUAAUCCUCCUCUUUUUAAAGGACAGUGUCCCUCUGCUGGACAGACAGUGAAGCAGCAGAGCUCAGAGGUUCUCAGGGUUCCAUCUGCUCAGCAGCAUCAAAAACGCCUGAACCACAUGUUUACGGUCUGUUGACGUCCAUCUUAUGUCCUCAUUGGACAGUUUGUUCAUAAUGUCUCCAUGCUACAGCAACAAACACUUUGAUGAUGUUUAUUCUCUCAUUCAUGUUCAUCACUGCAUCAUUCAUGGAUCCAUCAACA